CACCCCAGGGUCCGGGACUGCAGGCGAGCAGGACGAUGGCAUCCAUUUCCGAGCGCACUUUCAUUGCCAUCAAGCCUGAUGGAGUCCAGCGGGGACUAGUGGGAGAAAUCAUCAAGAGAUUUGAACAGAAGGGUUUCAAACUAGUGGCCAUGAAAUUCAUGCACGCCUCUGAAGACCUUCUGAAAGAACACUACAUUGAUUUGAAAGAUCGGCCAUUCUAUGCUGGUUUGAUUAAAUAUAUGCACUCUGGACCUGUUGUAGCUAUGGUGUGGGAAGGUCUUAAUGUGGUUAAGACUGGCAGAGUAAUGCUGGGGGAAACUAAUCCAGCAGAUUCCAAACCUGGCACCAUCCGUGGUGACUUCUGUGUUCAAGUUGGCAGGAACAUCAUUCAUGGCAGUGAUUCUGUAGAAAGUGCUGAGACAGAGAUCAACCUGUGGUUCACUCCUGAGGAAUUGGUUGAAUACACAAGCUGUGCUCAUCAGUGGAUCUAAGGGCUAGUCUACACUGGCAACAUUGCGGCAGCACUUUAACGCGGCUUGUGUCGUAGCGGCAGAGCGCUGGGAGAGCGCUCUAAAAAACCCACCUCCACGAGGGUCGUAGCUCCCAGCACUGGUGCACUGUCUACACUGGUGCUUUAUGGCACUGAGACGUGCUGCGCUCUGGGGUGUGUUUUUUCACACCCGAGCGAGAAAGUUGCAGCACUGUAAAGUGCCAGGGUAGACAAGCCCUAAAAGUAAAACCUGGUCUGUGACUUUUAACAUCCACUCAUUCCAAUGAUUAUGGACCCAGAAACAGUUUCUAUUGCCAUUAUCCUUUAGUUAUUUCAAGGCACUUCUGUAUAAACUAGUGGAAAUCUCUCUCUCUCUCUAAUCUGUAUUGUGAAUAUUACAUGUAACCAGUGUUAAUAACUGCUGCUCUAAUUAAAAAGCUAUUGAAUUAUUA